CUUGCAACAAAUUCUAAGAUUUUCUGCCCAAAUUUAAAUGGGCUGGCCCAAUAUACUGCUUUGGUAGUAGGACAUUCUUGGUUCGUACAGCUUAUGAUCGAGAUGGCGUAUGAAUCCACUAUUAACCAAACAGGCCUAAGCAUUUUCCAGAAUUUUUUUUGCAGAAGAAAGAAAUCACUUGUAUCUCCUAAUAACUGGGGAGUAAGGAGAGAUGGAGAGAACUAAAAUAGCGACUAUGGUUCUUCUUUUUCUGAUAUCGAUUUCCCUGCUGCAAACAGAAUCUCAGCUGAAUGUUAUUGAUUAUAACAUCGAGAAAGCGUUGGUUUAUACUAGGAUUUAUUGUUUUGUGCCAGGAGUUUGGAGAAAAUGAAGCUGCCAGAACUGGUAAGAAAGAUAAAGAGCAUGCACAUGAAGUACAUUGCUCCAGAGAAAGGAGUAGGGCUGCCUGGCAAAUUAUAGAGGAGUAUCUAAUGCCAUUUGUGGAAAGGGAAAGGUACCAGAUUUCAAGUAAGUGUAGACUUCAUCCUGAAAAUGAUCUUUUCAGGGAUCAAGAGGAGCACAAGAUUCACGUGGACAUAAAUGAAUGGAAGUGUGGAUAUUGUAAGAAGAGCUUCCGUGCUGAAAGAUUUCUUGAUCAACAUUUUGAGAACAGGCAUUACAAUCUUCUUAAUAUUAGUGAUGGCAAGUGCUUGGCUGAUUUAUGUGGUGCCCUGCAUUGUGAUUUUGUCUUGAAUACAAAAACAAUGAAGACAAAAUGCAAUCCUGCAGCUGUUGCAAAGAAUCGCCACCUAUGCGAGAGUCUUGCAGAUAGCUGUUUUCCUCUUAAUCAGGGACCUUCAGCAAGUCGCCUGCAUGAAUUGUUUGUGCACCAAUUCUGUGAUGCACACACUUGCUCAGGGAAAAGAAAACUUUUUCCCAAAGGUGGAAAGAAGCAAACAAGUGUACUCUACCUGGCUAUUUCGAUACUGACUUUGAUGCUGCUGCCUCUCUUCUAUCUUAUUGUUUAUUUGUAUCAAAGAGAAAUGAGGCAGGGAACCCAACAGCUGAGGCGAAUCUCUCAAAUUGGACAGAAGAAGAAACCAUCAUAGUUUGGCAUCCUUAAGCACUUUCUUCUCCAUAUAGGACCAUCAAAUAUCUUGUAAAUACAUAGGACUUGGUUAAAGGACUCAAGCGGACAGAUUGUCUGUAGACAAGUUGACCAGGAGGUGGAACGUAGUUGACCUUGCAUUGGCAUUUGGAUCUCUUUAAUGGCAUCCAGCUGCUCUUUUGUGCCCGUCUAAUACUGACAUCUGAAUACACCAAGUAUCCAACUCUUUUGUAACAGUUUUGACUUGCUAUUUGAUGCUUAAUUGUGAUUGUUUUCUCAGAAAUGACUGAACCUGGUCUUUCCAAAUCCAUGUAUUACAAGUGAUGGCAGUCUGCAUUUUCCACAA